UAUUAAGAGUGUACAGUUGAUUACAUACUAGUAAUAUUGUACAUAUACGACGAUAGUCCCCGUAAUAUUUAACCUUAUGUUGCCGUCUGGAUACCGAUGUCAUCAUCGACAGUCUCGACAUGGCGAAGGUUUAAGUGGAUAGUCCUCAGUAGUUUACGUUCUCAGUGAGUUCGUAUGGCGUACCCGCUCAAAUAAACAGAAUCUUCCCAAUAUAAACUAUCUUACUGACGCCAUCUAUUAGUGACUGUCGCUUGCUUCACUGACACUGGGUAUCACAGUUGACAAAGUACAUUUUGCAGUGACGUCCAAUUGAACUUCUAGCUGAUGGUUUAUUACAUUGCAAGUGACAUUGUGUUUGUUGCAACGCCGUUGUGUGGUAUAAUCUCGUUCCCGGUGUAAUUGAAGCCGAGUAAGUUACCAAUGUAGAGAAGUCUGACACUUCUUUCACAACGAUGCAACUCUAAGUUGAGGUGACAACACGAAUAUCUCAAUAGUUGGCUAAAUCAAGUAAGCUCGCUGGCAAUCGCGGAAAAGUCCAUAGAGUUUUAGCGAAUCAAUGUCGAGCGGAACUGUACGAGCUAGCAGACAUUUCGAAGAGUGUAAUGCAUCGCAUAUUAACUGAGAAUUUUGACAAGGGGAAAGGUCUCUGGCCAUUUCACGAAAGGACAUAAGGACUGCCGUGAGAACGUUUCAAUCGACUCGUAUUCCGGGACGUUUUACAACAACAAAUUUGAGAUUUUGAAUUGACUGAAAACCAUGAAGAAGAAAACUUGCUUCGUUACUUCUUAUUUGAUACUCAUAUCGCAUUUUAAGGAAACACUAAUCCACCAAGUCGUGUCCACCAUAAUUAUUUUAGAGUUAACGCAUUUUUAAGCAGAUAAUUAAUACAUCAUCACUUGAGGAAUGUUCAAGUAAAGACUCUGCCUUGUUUACCUUGUGGUUAAUAAGCAUAAAACUUUAAAAAAAAGUGAAGUAACGAAAACUUAAUUACCUGUAACUUUGUGUGCGUAUGGCUGAUUAUUUCCAUUUUCGUAAAUAUGAAAAAUAUAAGCGUUCGAUGUUUAAUAAUUUGCAGUUACCCAACGAAAAAUUCGAAGUACGAGAACCAUUUAAACAGGCGUUUAUUACUGAGGGUUACCAAAAGGACAUGUUGGAGAAUAUGUUCCCCAGCCUUACAGAAGAAUUAAAUAUAAACAACUACACAAUUCGCUUUGGAACACUCUUACAUUUAGAAGAGAUGGAGUGGCUUGGCAAUAUACGCAAACAUAACCGUGAACGAGGCCAUUUCACACGUAAGGGCAGAUAUUAUUUACGUCUCACCAUAGAAAAUGAAAAGCUUUCCGAAUGUCGUCCUUCGUUGGUAAUUGGAGACAUUAUCAAAGCGAAAGACCCCUGGACCGAUAGUGAAAAUGCCGAACACACAUAUGAAGGAGUGAUUCACAAGGGGCUUUUCAAUCGCAUUCUGCUUAAAUUCGAUGCAAACUUUCAGCAAAAAUAUAGUGGCGAAAAUUAUCAUUUAGAAUUUUACUUCUCCCGGUAUGGCUACCGGGAACAACACCACGCCGUCUUACGAGCGAUUAAGAAUUUAAGCGAACAAUUCUUGUUUCCAUCCGGAGCACGGACGCGUGGAUGCCCACAAUUGAAUAUACACUUUGAUGAACAUCGUGACCAGACGAUAGAAGAGGAUUCUAGAGAAGCGGAAAUUCUGACCCAACUUGACGACUUACUGCCGCAAUCACGAACUCAAGCCAAAACACAUGGCAUAUCCUUCCGCGGAAUUCGUUCUGAAGAUAUGCAGGAAGAAGCCUCGCCAUCAUGGUGUAAUUUUUAUGAAGCGAAGCAAGUCUUUCUAAUGACAGUUAAGCUGUAUCGAAAAAACAUCAAAUCGGAAUCCAUCGGCAUAAUAACACCGUACGAAAAACAAGUUAAACGUCUGCGUAAACUUUUCGAUGAUGCCGACGUAGCGAUGGCUAAAAUUGGCAUUGUGGAGGAUUCCCAAGGACAGGAACGCGAAAUAAUAUUAAUCUCAACAGUGAGAUCAAGCAAGGAGCUUAUACCUAGCGAUGUGCGACAUGGAUUAGGUUUCAACAAAAACAAGGACGUACUCCUUUUGGAUCCUUAUUGGUACCUGAUUAUCAAACACUGCGUUGACAACGAUGCCUACAUUGGUCGAGAUUUGCCGGAAUUGUCUGUAACUUUUAUGUAA